GGUUCCUCCUGAGCUUUGAGCUCGCCUUCUUUUGUCCAGUUUAGUGUUUUGCGCGAGGUUAGUCAAGGUAGUAAGUCAGUCCUUGGCUUGGGCAGAUCUCGCUUGGCCAACAGGUCAACCCCUACAACGGACCCCGUCGCCGUCAGCGCUGGAAGCUGACGUUUCACGGAGACUCCGCGAAAAAGCUAGUGGAGCGUCAUCGACGAAAAGACCGUAUCGUCGAAUCGCCGGAAUGUUUGCCUGCGUAGGUAUGAAGGUGGUCAGUUUGGCGCUAGCAUCUAUGCUGGUUACUCAAUGCAGUACCGUCUCAGCUUCCGGUGUAACCGAUUGCCAACUUCCCAGUAUUUCCAAUGCAAUGGUCGUCAGCAUCGCCUCCCCGCAAGGUGCCCUACCAGGACAAGUUGACGCUAUAGUGGAGUGCAACAUCGGUUACAAGCUGGAUGGCGGGGCAGCAUCUGCAAAUAUCAAGUGUAUUCCCAACUCUUUAGGGUGGAAUCCGCCAAGUUGUUCCUUAAAAACCUGUGGCAGGGACCCUGUCGCUCCACAAUACGGUAGCGUGGCGAACGGUUCGAUGGACGUGUUCACCUCACGCCAAUACAGCUGCGACAGUGGCUACCGCCUUGUGGGCCUCACAAGCACGGUGUGCUUAGCUACCCAGAGCUGGCUUGGCCCUGAGCCAACGUGCAUUCGGUCUACAUGCAAGAAAACGCUUGUGGCGCCUCAGGAUGGACAGAUUGCCAACAUUUCAGUUGAAAUAUUUGGCACAACUUCGUUUGAGUGUGAUGAUGGGUUCAUGAUCGUUGGCUCCCGCGCAUCUGUGUGUCUUCCAAGCGAGACUUGGUCGCAUCCACCACCAACGUGCACACGAAUCGAGUGUCCAUCCGCUGUCCCGACCGUCAUCAACGGCAUGGUCAUUGGCGGCGGGCAUCAUGUAACUAACGUUCGCAAGAUUGUCUGCUAUGCCGGAUACCGGGCGGAUGGUCCCGACACCUUGGUUUGUCAGCCGAAUGGAACCUGGUCUCAUUCCACGCCAUCUUGCAAACGUAACGUCUGCGGGGCUCUGCCUGGCAUUAACUAUGCCAGCAUUCAGACUGCAGCCGGACCCCUCGUACCGGGCAGCACAGCAUUCAUCAAGUGCAAUGAAGGUUACGAGCUGCGUGGCGGUGUCCAGAUUGUUUGUGAUAGCCUUGGUCGCUGGAACACUAACAUUACCACUUGUGAGCGCAUUACCUGUUCGGAUCUGUCCGCCCCUAGUAAUGGGUCACUUCAAUCAACAGGACCACCAUACUUCCUUAGCGUGCGCAAUUUCAAGUGCAGCUCUGGUUACGAGCUGCUGGGAUAUCCAUCUACCGUUUGCCAGUCGAAUGGAACGUGGUCCAGGCCAUCUCCAUCCUGCAAACUCAUUCAGUGUGAUGGAGGGCCAGUUCCUCCAGGCAAUGGCUCUGUUGUCAUACCGCCUUCGCCUGGCAAGGUUGUGGGCAGCGUGCGACAUUUCCGAUGCAGGGAAGGCUUCGUACUGAACGGGCAUAGCUAUUCGUUCUGUCAGAGCAACAAGAAAUGGUCUAAACCGCCGACGACUUGCAACCCCCAUCCUUGCUUAGCUCCAUACAACAUCAGCAACGCUGUGAUCCGCCCUGGUCAACAACCGUAUGUUUACCUAAACACACUAACUGUCGACUGUGAUCCUGGCUAUGAGGGAGGCGGUGAGAUCCAGUGCGAGAAGAACGGCUUUUGGAGCACGGUGACAUGCGAUCCUACGGAGUGCCCCAAGCCAAACAACCCAGAGAACGGACGUGUGUUCGUCGAGAACGCUUUCUUUGGCUCAGUGGCAAACUUUGUUUGCGACGCUGGCUUCUUCCUGGAUGGUUCGUCCAACAUCACGUGCAAAGACGAUCGGUCCUGGACCAGCCACCAGCCAAGAUGUGAACCCGUUACGUGCCCAACGCUGACCGCACCUGGAAAUGGCGCUGUGUCUAAAGGCGCAGAGGAUGUGGAUGCCAUUCGCAGAUUCAGCUGUAACCCUGGGUACAAGCUAAUUGGCCACUCCACGGUAGUAUGCCAGUUGAAGGGACAGUGGUCGUGGUCUGCACCUACCUGCCAAUACGUGCCAACCGCAGCUCCCACCACACCAGCAGCUACCACCGUGCCAACCACACAGCCCUCGACGCAGCCCACCACACCGGCCACAACACCGCCGGGAACACCCGAGGCCUCGUCCGGAUCUAGCACUGUGGCUGCCGGUGCCAUAGGCUUUGUGAUUGCGCUGGCAUGUCUGGGGUUGGCCGGCGGUAUUGUCUAUCUGACGCGCCUGAACAGCGCCAAGCAGCAAAUCAGCGGCUCCACCAAGACAGCCCCCGUGGAGCGGCGGGGAUCCACCAUGCCGCUCACGGAGGUGUCCAUGGCCCAAAAUGACACCUAUGAUGACAUCUCCGCCUUGCGAUCCCAGUACCAGCUGAAGAAGGCCGCCGGAGGAGUUUGAGGGAUGCCUUUUGAUCUUCAUCCUGGUAUUUUAACAAAGUACCUACAAAUUGUUCGCAUUUAUUAUGUAUGAUUGCCAGUCUGCAUUAUGGGCCCAAUCCAGUGGACAUCAACAAAUCUAGUGCCACUUUUGAAGGAAAACAUCAGUAGUCGCUCAACAUGGCCAUCUUUUAGAUAAAAAACAACGCUGAACGCUCUCCCCUCCAUCUGCCUGUGUGUCUGUCCGCCCUUUUGUCCGUCCGUCCGUCCGUCCGUCCGUCUCUCUCUCUCUCUCUCUCUCUCUCUCUCUCUCUCUCUCUCUCUCUCUCUCUCUCUCUCUCUCUCUCUCUCUCUCUCGCUCUCUCUCUCGUGCGCUCUCUCUCGCUCUCUCUCUCGCUCUCUCUCUCUCUCUCUCUCUCUCUCUUUCUCUCUCUCUCUCUCUCUCUCUCUCUCUCUCUCUCUCUCUCUCUCUCUCUCUCUCUCACUCUCUCUCUCUCUCUCUCUCUCUCUCUCUCUCUCUCUCUCUCUCUAUCUCUAUCUCUCUUUCUUUCUCUGCUUUUCUCCGUCUCCCUGUCUCUCUGUCCAUUCAUUUAGUAGUUUCUCGGAGUUGUGUAGGAUAAUUCCAAGCUAAGGCAGAAUAGACAAAUUGAUGAAUGGUCUUUAGACCAUCUUGAUAAGUAAUACUUAGCGGAUGUUCCAAGACGUGUCAGGGAAUUUUAGACCGAAUUGAAUACGGCAUUAAUUUUAUUGUUAUUCUCCUUGAGCGAGAUUCAGAUUAUAUUUUUUGAUUGCCACGUCUUACGAAAGUUGACGAAAUGCACUUAUCUUGCUGAAUGUGCCAGAGAUCUGUUAUUUUCAUUUCACUUGAUUCUCCUCCUCCCAUCUAAAGGACUUGAUGUGGCGGCCAUCCUUGAAGAUAAUUUGUAAUGAAGAAGAGUGCAGA